AUGAAAGACUCGGUUCUGCCGAAAACACCCAAGCUUGACCGCCCUCGACCUCCUCCCUCGAUGAAUCCUCCUCCAAAACCCACUAACCACGGCCCCUCUCCUGCCCAACGCCACGCCGAACCCCUCUCUUUCUUCCUCACGCGCCCCAUCCUCUCCCUCUCCUUGACAUCUCCGCCCUCACCUACCUCCUCCUCCUCCUCCGCCCCCAACUCCCGCAUCCCCUCCCUCCCCGCCCUCAUCCUCAUCUCCUUCGACGGCUUCCGCUUCGGCUACCAGUUCAAAUCCCCGUCCAACCCCCCGCCUCAACCGCCCUCAAUCUCCACCUCCACCUCCGCCGACCUCGGCCUCAUCCCCGUCUUCCCCUCACUUCCCAACCACUACUCCAUCGCCACCGGCCUCUACCCCCUCACCACGGCAUCGUCGCCAACAGCUUCCUCGAUCCCCUCAACGGGCGGCGUCUUCAACCACCCACACCACAACUCCUCCUUCUGGCUCGGAGAACCGGAAACCGCGGCCAAUCAAGGAUUCCCCGCCGCGGUCUAUUUCUGGGCGGGCGGCGAGGUGAGGAAAGGAUCUUGGAAGUGCCGUGGCGAUUCCUUCUGCCCCAAGUACAACAAGUCCGUUCCUUUCGAGGAGAGGGUGGACGCUGUGCUGAGCUACUUUGAUCUGCCGAGGGAGGAGGUCCCGGUGUUCACGGCGCUGUAUUUCUCGGACCCGGAUGCUCAGGGGCAUGUUUUCGGGCCGGAUCACCCGGAGAUUACGAGGGCGGUGGUGCAUUUGGACAGGGUUUUGGGGAGGUUGAUUGAGGGUUUGGAGGAAAGGGGGAUUUUUGAGGAGGUUAGUAUAAUUUUGGUCGGUGAUCAUGGGAUGGUGGGUACUUGUGAGGAGAAGUACGUUUAUCUUGAGGAUUUGAAGCCUUGGGUUGAGAUUCCGAGUGGUUGGGUUCAGUCGCAAGGGACAUUGCUUGCGAUUCGACCGCCCGCGGGGAUUUCGGUGGCUGAAUUAGCGGAGAAGAUGAAUGAAGGAUUAAGCUCAGGGAAGAUAGUGAAUGGGAAUAAGUUGAGAGUUUAUUUGAAGGAGGAUUUACCGGAGAGAUUGCACUAUUCGGCCAGUGAUAGAAUUUGUCCUGUCGUUGGUUUAGUUGAAGAGGGGUAUAGCGCUGUGAUGAGUAGGAAUCAGGGGUAUAAAUGCGGAGGAGAUCAUGGGUAUGAUAACGAGUUGUUUUCGAUGAGGAGUAUAUUUGUAGGACAUGGUCCUCGGUUUGAGAAGGGGAGGAAGAUACCGUCUUUUGAGAAUGUUGAGAUUUAUAAUCUGAUGACUUCGAUUCUUGGGCUGAAGGGAGCUCCCAAUAAUGGUUCCGAUUCGUUUGCAGAGUCUGUUCUUUUGCCAAGGACUUGAUGUGGAUUAGAAUUGGCAAUGAAGGUAUGUUGCUGCAUGAUACAUUGAAGUGUUUCUAUAUCAUUUGGGGUUUGACCAUUGUUUGGUAAUGUUAUACAUCAUUGUUUCUGAGAAAAUAAAUUCAGAAAUUCUCAGUUACAUACGUCGUCUUUGGAAUCGCUCUUGGCUUUGUGCAGUAGCUACUACCUAGUUGUUCAGUAGGUGAACUCUUAAUUGUCUGAAUAUUGACAUAAACCAUAAUAUCAAUAUUAUACGCAGUUCACAUACUCUAUCUACAACUUUUCUUUGGAAUCUACUUAUCUGUAACCAUCUAGGUUCUAAAUAAUGCAGAUGUGAAUACCCCUGGUUGUGUUUGUAUCAUUUUUUGUGAAGAUGUGUAUGCUGAGCUUUUGAAACUCUUUAAUA